AUGUCGCUUUGCGGCCUGCGCAGACCCCCGCCUCUACGUCCGAGACGAGAGGCAAAGCAAGACAAGGGAAAAGGCAAGGAAGAGCCAGUACUCCUCGAUGGGUGCGGCGAUGCGGGUCUCAUCACGGUCGACGAGGAUAAAUAUAUAUACGACUCGGAACGGAACGAGCAGCUACGAAUUCGCAAAUCCUCGCCGGACUUUGAAUUCGAUUGGGAGCGAGAAGACCAGUUGAGUACUAUCCUGGAGAACCUCGAAGACGGCGGCAGCCAGAGAGACGGAAGUUCCGACGGCCACCCAACACCACCACCUCCUGUCACGCCCACCACUCCAGAAACCGAGCCGAGAAAGGCCCGCGGCUUUCGACCUCGGACGAAAAGGACUCGCUUUGAAGAACGCCUCUCGAGCCCAGCAAACAAUCCGAAGCAAUCGCGAGCAGCAGCGAAUAUGUCGUCUAUAAUGUCCGGUCGUAGGACGCCCGAGACCCCGCGCCCUAUUGCGGCCCCACCAAGAGAUACGGAUAAGUGGAAAAAGGAUGCAAAGAUGGAAAAGCUAAUGAAUGCCGUCUCACAGCUCGAAUCGAUAGCCUACAUCGACAAAUCUCUCGUCUUUGAACACUUCACCACGAACGAUGCGUGGGAGCUGGGAUCUGCGCUGCGAAACCGUCUGCUACCCAUCCCCACGCCCGUCGUAAUCAACAUCGCCCUGGCGAACCAGAACCAGGUCCUCUUCCACACCUGUACACAUCCUGGCGUGAUGCCAGACAAUGACAAUUGGGUUUCGAGGAAGCGGAAGACGGUCCUGAGAUGGGGCUGUAGUACGUGGUAUAUGCACUGCAAGUUUGAGGGCGACGAAUUCGCAUUUCGCGACAGGUAUGGCUUGGGCAACAGUGCUGGGGAAUAUGCUAUCCACGGUGGCGGAGUUCCGAUCAGGGUCACAGGCGUCGAGGGGGUUGUUGCUGUCGUUGUCGUAAGUGGAUUGAAGCAACAUGAGGAUCACGGUGUCAUUGUCGAGGUUAUACGGGAGUUGUAUUAUUAA